AUGUUUGUAAGAAAACACCAGGAACUGCUGGUCCACAUCAGGCACAAGAAGGCCACCAAGAGUUCAGGUGCGGCGUUCCAGCAAGGAGAUCAGAAGAAAAGUCUAUCAAUGAUCCCCACCAAGGCAUUUUCAAUGGAGAAUCAUUUCGCAGGCACAGAAUUGCAACAGCAGGAAUUUGACCAAACAAAGGCACCCUGCAUGCCACUCGCAAAGCAAAACAUGCUGCUGGAACAAGAACAAGAGGCAGCGUUUCAGAGGCAGCAACUUCAAACUGUCUCUCAGCCGAGAGGCACAUCGAGGGCAAGCGUCACAAGCUAUACUCGGAUGACAAACGCUCGAUCUCUCGAUGCGUCAACCGAGAAGGGCUCUCCGCUGGCAAAAUUACUGGGGGCUACCUCUACAUCUAGUACAAUAGGGGAUGACGAAGCUCAGCAUGAGGCUGCAAGAAGAAGACAGCAGCAGGACCUCCUCGCUCUCCUCAAUUUGGCCCUUCCCCAAAGGUGUGGGAGCGCAGUACCUAGUACCAAAAUUCAGACAGCGUUCUUGCCACGAGAAAAGGACCGCAACAUGAUGAGCCAAGCACUACUGAUGAGUGCUAUAGAACUGAUUCCGAUUUCAUCGAACUUGCCCGAUUUCAACUAG